CUACAUGCAGGAGAACAUAAAAAACAUCUGGGUUGGAAGGAAAGGUUCAACAUUAUCCUGGGCACUGCUCGUGGUCUGGCCUAUCUCCAUGAGGAAUUCCAUAUCUGUAUCAUCCAUCGUGAUAUUAAAUCAAGCAAUAUAUUAGUUGAUCAUAACUUGGAGGCAAAAAUAGCAGAUUUUGGGUUGGCAAGACUUCUCCCACAUGAUAAAAGCCAUAUUAGCACAAAAUUUGCAGGAACCUUAGGAUACACCGCUCCUGAAUAUGCUGGCCAUGGGCAAUUAACAGAGAAAGCUGACACCUACAGCUUUGGUGUGGUAGUUCUUGAAAUUGUCAGUGGCAGAAAAAGCAUUGACUUGAAUCAACCACCUGAUAAGCAAUAUCUGCUUGAAUGGGUUUGGAGCCUACACGAAGAAAACAAGGUUUUAGAGAUGGCGGAAAGCAAAGAGAAGAUUGAAGGGUACAGUGAAGAAGAGGUGUUGAGGGUGAUAAACCUUGCACUUCAAUGCAUACAAGGUUCUACCACUCAUAGGCCAUCAAUGUCUGAGGUUGUGACAAUACUUUUAAGUAAAGCUGAGAUUGAUUUUCAGAAACCUCUGCAGCCAGCAUUCGUAGACGUGGGGUACAAAGUACGUGGAGAAAGUUCCCCUCCAUCAUCUCAAUCAAAUGCUACGGUUACAGAAUCCCUUAGUGCUCGUUAGUAGAGUUUACUUCUCUUGAUGAUGGACACAUGGAUUCUAAUCAGGUUAUUAGAAGAUAAAAUAUCUAUAUGUAUUCAAUAUUAGGGGUUAUUUGUCUUGUUGAUGGACAGAUGGAUUCUAAUAAAGUUGAAGACAAAUAUCUUUAUGUAUUCAAUAGUUUUCAAGGAGUGGUAAGUUUGAUGAGUAAAUUGUAGUUAUUCAUGUAUGUAAGGAAGUAGU